AUGCUAGUUGUUGAAUGCAUCACAGUUCUUUGGGUACGACUAAACGAACUGCGUAAAUCGGGCGUGUUCAUUCUGCUCAACAUUACUAGUGUGGAUCUGUUAAGGAUCUUCGAAGAAGUACAACAUGCUGGAGACACUUUGCACAUUCUAACAUCCUCCGAUGACUUGGGUCUUCCCGACAAAACGAGACACGACUUUGAGUACAUAACAAAUAACUUCUGCAGGACUCCAAUCCCAGAUAGGUACUUUAUAGUCCUACAGAGCUUCCGCAAUCGUUACACCAUGGCUUACAGGGCUCCCAGCUCAGCCAGCGGAGCAGAUGCCAGCAGACCGAGGGCUCAAAGACUGGCAUCGCUUAAACGCUCCCUCAACAGGCAGUGCUCCAGAAAUUUGGCAGCGCCCUUGGUAGACAACGACAAUGCAAGUGACAGUUUCUACUGCAUCAAGGAUAGCCCUCUGCUGAACAACUUGUUCGGUCAGUAUGUGGAGGAGAGCAUUUACGUCAAAAAGUCGCACGACUGCUCCAAAUUUCAAAUGGCCUGCCUGAGAUGCUUUAAACAGGCGAAGCUGGUAGCUAAUUCAAGCAGUCACAUGAUUGAGAAAGAGGGGGUUGAAAAUUGCGGCUGCCAAAUUAAUUGCUACAAUACACCUGGUUGUUUGGGCUACUACAGUCCACCGUGCUAUCCGGAUGACCAGCAGGAGCCCUUUGAAAACGGAACAUGUGUCAAAGGCAACACAUUCAAAAUCAGUCUUUCACCCGACUAUCAAAAUGCGUCCAGUACUUUCCAGUGUCACCUGAAACGCCGCCCACGACAUGAACUUCAAGUCAACUUCACAAUUCAGAUGGGGCUAGCAGAGGUGGGAGAAGCCGCAUCUGUUAUGAGCCCAUCCAGCGUGUUGUGGAAAUAUGAACUCAGUUUACACUAUCUCAGGUCAAUUCAGCGGACGAAAGGAAUGCUGCAGAGUGAUCAGUCCGACAGUGCCCAAAGGCAAGGUGACCUUAAGGUUAAAUCGGUGCAGGUUUCAAGGCCCUUUCUCUAUAGUACUUCCAAUUGGCGAUCAGCCGGCUGUGACCUUGACAUCGGCAAUUUCUUGAAUGAGGACGAAGUGUUAUAUGGACCCACUAUAUCAUCUGCUAUUCAGCUGAGUAGAACGGAAGUGACGCCGGUUUAUCUCAGCAUUUACGCUGCAGUUGGGGAACCGUUAAGCAGCCCACUUUUACACCAAGAUCUGCUCAUAUUUCCUACUAAUGGUAACCAUUCACGCGAUGUGCAUUCCCAUUCCACCUACGACUUUUCCAUUCAACUACGAUUUCCGCGUUUGUCUAAAUUCACGGAGGACAAACGAGAAAAACAUCAACAACAACAGGGUCUACGCAAAUUAGUAAUAUCCAUUCAGGACUGUUUUCAAACCCAAAAAGUCCAAUUCUUCAUGUUUACUUCCGAGGAGCCGCUUGAAACCAUGAUGUGGGAUGAAACAUUGGGUGGGAUCGUUGAUGAAAAGGGCGAUCAUUUUGAAAAGUUAACUAAAAGUUUCACCAAUUUGUCCAUACUAUCUCGAGUGCUCUCCGCUAAGGAUGCCAACGCCGUUCCCUACCUCCAAUCCGAGGUCCCGAGGCGAAGCUUUACUUGUGCGAAGAAAGGGAUUCUCGUUGCAUACACCAGCUUUCGUGUUUUUUAUACAUUUAUUUUCACAUUCUCCGUGGCCCUCUCGAUUCUCUUCAGCUUUUGGCCCCCAGUUGGAGCUGGAAAUUCGGGAUCUGCUUCUACUUGGAACAAAGGAAUCCUCCUUCCACUCCGUCAACGCGAAGCUGCUCGUCGCGAAUCCGACACGGAGAAGUUGUUGAAUCAGCACUCCGCCAAAGCAGCGCAGCUUGUACAUGCCUGUCAAGACACUCUAAUUCGACAGAUUGUUGAUGUAGCUCGUGAGGUUGAUCGAACAGUUCAAGAGGUGCUUGAUGUCGAAUUAAAUCCCCAAAAGUCCAAAGAAAAUAUGUUUAAGAUGCUGGAAAGUUUUGUUCUCCGGCAAAUGAACGAUCUUGAUCUCUCCGUGCAAGAUUACAUCAGCCAUUUGCGUGCCGAGCUUGAUAGCAGCAUGAUGCCUGAUGUGGUACGAUUUUCAGAACUCCUCUCCAGCAUCUAUGCCUCCCAGUGGCUACUGUUUGUCAAAAGAAUGAUGAAUAGCACACAUAUUCCCUGGGAUAUAACUGCACCUGAGGUUCAUUUUGUUCCCACUCCCGAACACCUAAAUGCCCUCAGACUGAAAAUAUCUAACAUCGAAUUUGCGCGACAGUUUGGGCUUGCAGAAGCGGAAAAUUUUCUCUUCAUUCCUUCACUGAUUACGUCACAGCUCGAAGAACUGGUCUUGUCCAAAGUACCUUCGAAAACCCUUCAGCCCAAUUUUGUUCCAAGUGUUUACAAUGAAUCGGGUUCAACGACGCAAGGUAGCGUUGGUCAAACAUUUGCUGCCGAACAAGACGUAUUUAAGCCUCUGGUGCUGCGUUCUUUCACCACGUUAGAUGAUCUUGAAGUUAUCAACCAAGGACAAGCCGCUAGGGCUUCCAUCUCUACAUUUCCACCAUUGAGGCCAGCGACGAAAAGAAGACCAAGUGGUGGACUGUUUAGUCUGCAUCUCACUCCGCUCAGUUUGGGGCAACUGAGACUUACCUUGUUCCUCAUUGACUGCUAUCUGAUUGUGACGAGGUUCUACAACACCUAUGUCAGUUUGAGAGAAAUUUUGGGUGACCCAAUAUGUGGAUAUCACCAGCACCAACAGCAGAGCCCGACGACUUUCAUUAGACCAAUCAAAUCGAUGCAGGAGGUCGGGGGUUCUGGUAUCUCCCCAUUGCACAUGACCUUCGCCAAAACCAAUCAAUUUAUCGUCAUUCUUUUCGGUUGCGCAACGAUACUCUUCCUCGCAGUACUUGCGAUUUCUGUGAAUCACCGGUUUCUUCUAUCAUCUAAGAAUGCCUUCUCGAAUGAUGGUAUUAAGGCAAUCGACGAACGAGAUUUUUACAAGCACUCAGAGACACUUAUCAGGGAUCAUAGGCAUGUGGAGGACCGAUUUCGCGCGGAGACCUGUCAGAUUGCUCGACUUCUAGCAAAACCACGAUGGUCUGGAGAAACUCUGACACUUAGCAGUGAGACUUCUAUUCCAUCCGUCUGCUCCCCACCCUCGAUGAAGCCGGUCGAUGUGGAAAACCUCUUUCGACAGGAACUUUGCCAAUUUCUUCCGCUCAAACCCUCUCACCUUCCACAGUUUCUCGACCGUCCAAUCAAACAACAGUACUGGCAGACUACAAGUGCGAGUCCCAUCACCUACCUCUGGAGGGCUUUGGCCAGUUGGAUUGGUGGCUUGAGUCUCGCGAGCCCAUUGGUGGUGAGCCACUUCCUCGUCAUCGCGCUCUGUAUCGCGGUGGUGAUGUUUGGCCUCAUGGGCAUCUUCCAGUCCAUCGGUAGCCUGUGCCAUCGCCUGCAACAAGACGGGCCGGCAUUAGGUGAGCAUUGUGUUCACCUUCUCUCCGCGGUGCCGCCGCCGCUCGAGAGAAAAUUUGGGCCUCCUCCACCUCGAGUCUUCUCGGUGAUAAAUAGAACGUCCUCUUCCUCUCCUACUCCUCCAAGUCUGUCCAUCGAUGGCGUCAAGAUCGUAGACACCGCGACACUCGUUGGCGACGGCGGGAUCUGCAACGCACAGCAAUAUGUGCUAUUUUCCAAUUCUCUUCAACAAUCAGAAGCCACUUUUGUUCUUUCAACUGAGCGUUCACCGCGGUUUUGUCCCGACAAUUCGGAACCAGCUGGGGUAUAA